AUGGCCUCCUGUCCCCGCGGGACCCCCCUGGAGACGUCCCCGCCGCCGCUGGCCCCGGUGCCACCCGAUGCCACCGUGUGGGACGCGUCCCGCUUCUCGCUGGUGGACGGACACCUGGUGGCCCUGGGCAGGGACGAGGAGGACAGCUGCGAGCGCCUGGAGCUGGCUCUGACCCUCUGGGUCUACGAGGGCCGGGACCUGCCGGCGCGGUGCCGCCUGCGCUGCCAGCUGCAGCUGGACGGCGCCGUCUUCGCCCGCACCACGGCCAAGGCGGCGGGCGCCGACGGCCACCUCUUCUGGGGCGAGCUCUUCCAGCUGCCCGCGCUGCCGCCGGCGCGCGCCCUCACCGUCGCCCUGUGCCGCGACGACCGCGCCGGCGGCCGCCCGCUGGCCGCCGUCACCAUCCCGCUGGCCGAGCUGGCGGCGGCGCCACAGCCCCUGGAGCGGUGGUACGCCCUGAGCGGAGCCGGCGGCCGGCGCGCGCCGGCCGUGCGGCUGCGCGGGCGCUACCGCCGGGUCAGGGUCCUGCCCAUCGUGCGCUACAAGGAGAUGGCCGAGUUCAUCACCUUCCACUACCGGGAGCUGUGCGGCCGCCUGGAGCCCGCCAUCGCCGCGCGGCACAAGGAGGAGCUGGCCGGGGCUCUGGUGCGCGUCCUGCAGAGCACCGGCAAGGCCAAGUCGUUCCUGAUCGACCUGGGCGUGGCCGAGCUGGACCGCUUCGAUGAGCACGAGGCGCUGAUCUUCCGCGAGAACACCUUGGCCACCAAGGCCAUCGACGAGUUCAUGAAGCUGGUGGGGGCCAAGUACCUGCAGGACACGCUGGGGGAGGUGGUGGCCCAGCUCUGCAGCUCCGAGGAGAGCUCCGAGGUGGACCCCAGCAAGUGCUCGGGGCUGGAGCUGUCCGAGCACCAGCAGCACCUGCGGCAGGUCUGCGAGGAGACCCUGCGGCGCAUCACCGACGGCUCCGAGUCCUUCCCGGCGGAGCUGGGCGAGGUGUUCGCGGCAUGGAGCGACGAGUGCGCGGCGCGCGGCAAGGCGGCCAUCGGCCGGCGCCUGGUGUCCUCCUCGCUCUUCCUGAGGUUCCUCUGCCCGGCCAUCAUGUCCCCCAGCCUCUUCGGCCUCGUCCAGGAGUACCCCGGCGAGGCCACCGCCCGCAGCCUCACGCUGGUGGCCAAGGUCAUCCAGAACUUGGCCAACUUCACCACGUUUGGCGAGAAGGAGCCCUACAUGACCUUCAUGAACGACUUCCUGGAGCGCCACUGGGCCACCAUGACGGACUUCCUGCAGGCCGUGGCCACCGCCGAGGCCAGCGCCCACAUGGCCACCUACGAUGGCCGCGUGGACCUGGCCCUGGAGCUCGCCACGCUCCACCUGCUGCUCUGUGACAUCUUCUCCAGCCUCGACCAGGCCACGCAGGAGGAGCUGGAGCCGCUGCCCACCAUCCUCAGGGCCAUCAGGGAGGGGACACCUGUCCCCGUGUCCGUCCGCCUCAGCUCCACCGCCAGGAGAAGGUACCUGGGGACACCUGGGGCCACCUGGGGUGGCACUAACCGGGGUCUGGUGGCAUUAACAGGGUGCCAUUUCCAUGUGUCCCGGUGCCGUUACCGCGUGUCCCGGUGCCGUUACCGGGUGUCGCGAUGUGAUUGCCGGGCCGUUACCGGGCCAUUACCGGGCCAUUACCGGGCCGUUACCGGGCCGUUACCGGUGUCGCUCUCGCAGCCCCGGGGGAAGCUGCGCUCGUCGGCGUCGCUGCCGCGCAAAUCCACGGUGCCGUGGCAGCGCCUGGCCGAGGACUCGGUGGCCCCGGGCGAGCUCUACGCGCUGCGGCCGCUCGAGAAGCACCGGCGGCUGCUGGAGGAGGUGACCGGGGGUGGGUGGCACCUCCCGGUACCUCCCGGUAAACUCGUCCCCGAUGUCCCCAGCCCCCGGUAA